AUGUAUGAGAGAGGAAGAGACAGGGGAAGAAUGUGGAGAAAGAGAGAGCUAAGACAAAACCUGUUCAGGAUAUCUUCUGUCAUCUCCUAGCUGAGAGACCUCUCUCCCGCACUCUCUCUCCCCCUCUCUCUCCCUCAGCUGCUCGAUCUCUCGCUCACUCUCCCUCCCCCUGAUGGUGCAGCAGCAUUCAGUUUAGCCGAGCUGUGGACAGGAUUAGACGUUGCCUGUGUGCUAGAAGAGACAGAGGAGAGAACUGCUUUGGGGUCUAAAUCAUUCAAGGAGAAGCAGUGGUGGGACAGCCGAGGUGACAUCUCUGCCUUUCUUUUCCUCUUUCUCUCCAAAGCCUCCCGAUUCUGAUUCACCACACAUUUUUCUGUGUGGUCAGUUUUUACCUGUUGGGUGAAGUUCAAGGGCUGUGGAUUUCCACACUGUCACAGGAGCAAUGUGAGUGUGGCUCUGGAGCGUUUCCCUGCUCUUUUUCUGUGAUACUGACCCACGUCCCCUGUCACCUGUUCACCCUCAGGUUCUGGGGUUCCGACUCUUCUGGGGACUAUUGGGUUUUUUUUUUUUUUUUUGGCUGACUGACUGCACCCUGAGCCCGUGGCUCCGGGACCACCAUGGACUACCUUGCUGGGAUUAUACUGCUGCUCUGUGGAGUGUCUCUGCCUUCAAGCGAGGGGUCGCAGCAGCCGAAACACAACGUCCCACGCCUCAAGCUCUCCUACAAGGAGAUGCUGGAGUCCAACAACCUAAUUACCUUUAACGGCCUGGCUAACAGCUCGAGCUAUCACACCUUCCUGCUGGACGAGGAGAAGGGCAGACUGCUGGUGGGAGCCAAGGACCACAUUUUCUCCUUUAAUCUGCUCAACAUAAACAAGGACUAUUUGACGAUCGCAUGGCCAGCAACCUUAUCAAGGCGAGACGAAUGCAAGUGGGCUGGGAAAGACAUCUUGAAAGAAUGCUCAAAUUUCAUCAAGGUGCUCCAGACGUUUAACCAAACCCACCUGUAUGCCUGCGGAACUGGGGCCUUUCACCCAAUCUGUGCCUAUCUGGAGGUGGGAAAACGACCAGAGGACAGCGUCUUCAGGCUGGAGGCAUCACACUUUGAGAAUGGCCGUGGAAAGAGUCCCUAUGACCCAAAGCUGCUGACAGCUUCUCUUCUAAUUGAUGGGGAGUUAUACUCCGGGACAUCAGCUGACUUCAUGGGAAGGGACUUUGCCAUUUUUCGGACUUUGGGUCAGCAUCAUCCAAUCAGGACGGAGCAGCAUGAUUCAAGAUGGUUGAACGACCCAAGGUUUGUGAGUGUUCAUCUGAUUCCUGAGAGUGACAAUCCAGAGGAUGAUAAGAUCUACCUGUUCUUCCGGGAGAACGCCAUGGAUGGAGAGCACUCUGGGAAAGCCACGCACGCCAGGAUUGGGCAGCUCUGUAAGAAUGAUUUUGGGGGCCACAGGAGUCUUGUGAAUAAGUGGACCACCUUCCUGAAAGCGCGACUCAUUUGCUCGGUGCCAGGAGUCAAUGGCAUUGACACGCACUUUGAUGAGCUGCAGGACGUCUUCUUGAUGAGUUCAAAGGAUCCCAAGAAUCCAGUCAUAUAUGGGGUGUUCACAACUUCCAGUAACAUCUUCAAGGGUUCGGCGGUGUGCAUGUACAACAUGGCAGACGUGAGGAGAGUGUUCCUCGGGCCCUACGCCCACAGGGACGGACCCAACUACCAGUGGGUACCGUUCCAGGGGAGGGUGCCCUACCCACGUCCUGGAACGUGUCCAAGCAAAACCUUUGGUGGAUUCGACUCCACCAAGGAUCUUCCGGAUGAUGUCAUCACCUUUGCAAGGGGCCACCCUGCCAUGUUCAAUGCUGUCCAUCCGAUCAACAACCGGCCAAUCAUUAUCAAGACCGAUGUGGAUUACCAGUUCACUCAGAUGGUGGUGGACAGGGUAGAGGCAGAGGAUGGCCAGUAUGAUGUCAUGUUCAUCGGAACAGACAUCGGGACUGUUCUGAAAGUGGUGUCCAUACCGAGAGAGACCUGGCAUGACCUGGAGGAAGUCCUGCUGGAGGAGAUGACUGUAUUCCGGGAACCAACCACCAUUACAGCAAUGGAACUUUCCACUAAGCAGCAACAGCUCUACCUUGGCUCUGAAAUCGGCGUUUCCCAGAUGCCUCUGCACCGGUGCGACGUUUACGGCAAGGCCUGCGCGGAGUGCUGCCUGGCGAGGGACCCGUACUGCGCCUGGGACGGCACCGAGUGCUCCCGCUACUUCCCCACCGCCAAGAGACGAACAAGACGCCAGGACAUCAGGAAUGGGGAUCCACUGACACAGUGUUCAGACCUGCAGCAUCACGAUGAGCUGAAUGGACAAGGCACCGUGGUGAACAAGAUCAUCUAUGGCGUAGAGAACAGCAGCACGUUUCUGGAGUGCAGCCCCAAGUCUCAGCGUGCGCUCAUCUAUUGGCAGUUCCAGAAACAGAACGAAGAGCGCAAACACGAGGUGAAAUCAGACGACAGGUUCAUAAGGACAGAGCAGGGCCUGCUGGUCCGCAGCCUCCUCAGGAAGGACUCUGGCAUCUACUACUGCCACGCGGUGGAGCACGGCUUCAUCCAGACGCUGCUCAAGGUCACGCUGGAGGUCAUCGACACCGAUCACCUGGAGGACCUGCUGCACAAGGGCGAGGAGGCCGGCGAUGGUGCCCGGGCGAGGGAGGCUCUGCCCGGCCACCCGGCCAGCCACAAGAUGUGGUACAGGGACUUCAUGUCCCUCAUCAACCACCCCAACCUGAACAGCAUGGACGAGUUCUGCGAGCAGGUGUGGAAGAGGGAGCGCAAGCAGCGGCGGCAGAAAGCGCAGAACGCCCAGGCUCACACCAACAAGUGGAAACACCUACAAGAGAACAAGAAGGGCAGGAACAGGAGGACCCACGAGCUGGAGAGGCCGCCACGGAGUGUCUGACGCCUCCCCGCACCGCCAUCUUCUAAAGACUUCUUCUGAACAGACUUAAAAAAUAAAAUAAAAUAAAACUCAAACUGGAAACGAAUGCAAUACGCCCCUGAUCCAAGCCAUUGCAUUGGUGAAGAUGUUUACAAUGGUAUGACGCAGAGGACUGGUUUCACCAUAAUGUGUUCGUACUCAAACCCUGUUGACCGAUGUCCACCAAGGAAUGACAGAAGCCGACACUUGGACGCAAAUUCCUGUAAAUAGCCUACGGCAAGAACUAUGUUCGACAUCGAUUCCGGGUUUUAGUUUAGUUUUGUUCAUGGUUUGGUUGUUUUGAUUGCCCUGGUUUUGAGGUGGGGGUACACCUUCAAAUUACCAUCUUUGGAAAAGAUGGUACCACGUACUAUAGCUACAUACUGAAGUGUUCCUUAGGAUACAUAAAGAAAGUGAUUUUGAGGACAAAAUCACAGUGGAAGUUUCCCAAGCAAUCUCAAACUCAGUUUAACAUUUAAUGAUGACAUUAUUAAUCUCAGAUUAAUCUCCUACUAGGCUUUGUUGUGGUGUCCUGAUUCCAAACCAUGUAAAUAGAGGAUUUCUGAAUGGGUCUUUAAGAUGUGGAUGAAGACUUUACAAAUGGCACAUGCUGGUCACUAUUUUUCCUUACCAUUAUCUUUAUUAUUUAUAAUAAGACAACAGUUUAUAAAAGCCUCAUUAAUCAAUUAUCAAAGCUGAUACAUCUGUUUUAUGUGUCCAGUUAUCCUCUUCCAAAAGCAAUAGGUUGAGAGUGUCUCUGCGUUUAUAAUCUGAAUAAGCUGUAACAAAUCCGAUACCUAUUUAAACAUGUUUCUAAAGGAAUGAUUUAUUUUUUACACCAGAGUUCUAUCUAAAAGGUCUCUAACCUAGUUUAAUUUGUAUUGUAUUGUGUGUUUCCUUGCUUUCCCACACAAACUACUGCAUCCCCAUGGGGUAAAAACACUUAAACUUUCAUAUUGCAUUAUUUUACUUAAGUUAUUUGGACAGGUUGUAUCUUUUGGAGACUAAAUCUGCAGUAUAUUCCCGUAAAUACCUAUGCGCUAUUCCAUAUGUAUAUUAAUAAUUUGUCUUUGAAAAGUAAACUGUCAUUUUUUGUAUGUACAUAUAUUAAACCCAACAACAUUCUAUAAUUUAUUCAUCAUUGUGUUGUGGAAAGGCCAUAUUUGCUUUACAUGCAAUCAUAUUUUUCGACUUUUUGGUAUGAACAGUAAAAUCUGCAGUAUCGACAUGUAAUAUAUGGCUGUCAAUGAUGGCCGACAAAUUCAACAUUAAAUCAAAAGGACAUGUAGGCUGCGUCUACCUUUUUCACAGUCACAACAUUAGCAGGACCUGCAAGUAUAUUUGGUACCAGAAUGCUUCAGCCUUUUACAACACAGAUUUUAAAAACCAGUGUUGAAUCCACUCUUGGGGUUUGCAGUUGUAACAUAAGAUUUUAUCCCCAUCCCUACCCCUCAUUAAGAAUUUAAAAGGGAGUUAACAUUACAAUAUUAUACGUGGGUCUCAAAGCAUUUGCCAUAAUGCAGGUGUGUUCUUUAUCAUUACUGAAAAUGGUUACACAGAAAACGAUUGGCUUGUCAUUAUCAUUCAGUGCUUUGCUACACUUGAGAGCAGUUAGCAUUCAAAUCAUCUUUUAAAAAUCCGGCCCUAGAUGUGGAUGCCAGCCUAUCAGCAGGAAGUGCUCGAUGUUGGCAAAACCUUCACCCUCCCAUUACCGACCUGAGUGUGUAGAAUGGACAAGCUGGAUAUAAAGCUGUGAAAGCAACAAGAUUAACAUAACGUCACAGCUACCUCAAACUGUCUCAGAUGACAGCUCACGUAUGUCACAUUGCAUAUUGUGUGUUUUCUGAAAAAAAAAAAAAAAAAUUGGAAUAUUGAAUGAAAAUCAAUGGCCUAUAAUGGCAUGGGGCUUACAUUUUUUAGGUAACAGUAUAUGGAGAACAAACACACUCAUUUGAGGUCACUUGACCCUGAAUUUGACCUCUUCGGUUUAUUUGGUUUCUACCAGUAUUUUCAUCCAAUUGCCAUGCCUCAUAAAUGCAUCAGAGGAGCUUUAAGAUGAGAUGAGAAGAAAAAGUACAGAGGUCAUAGCCAAUGUUUUUGCAUCUCCUUCAUGAAUUCCUUUUACAGGGUUCAUUUCCAGUAUGCUAAAAGUGAAUAUUUGCUAUUGUUUGCAAGAUAAUAUAUACCCUAAAGAAAGUAGCUGUGAAUUUUAAUGUAAAAAAAGAGAAUCUUGUCAUGGUCCAAGAAAUGAGAUACUGUGUACAAAUUGCAUGUGAAUGCUAUUUUAGUGCAUCAGUUUUUCUAUAUUAUUUAGUAUCUAUUAAUGUUGUGUGUAAUAGACCUGCCCUUCUUAAUUCAGUACACAUUAACCUCUCUCAAAGGUGUAUAUAUUUUUUCCUUAGAUAAAUCAAAGGUACAGUGUAAAGUACUGGCAUCUAUAGGUACUCUCCCGAAUGUGUUGUGUUUCACAUUUCACCUGAAGUCGUCAUAUGUUCCACACAUUUGAAGAAAAGACAAUUAACAAACCCUUCAAUGCAACACUACAGUAUCUGUUGGACAGCGCGGCUGCGUUUUCCUGACAAUGGAGUGGUCACAUGCUCGCUCCACUCACUCCACUGGGGAAAUGGACUCUGGAAGCAGAGGGAAACGAAAGAGAAACUGCUGCUGUAAAUGAUUCUUUUGGCAUGUGUAUUCGGUUGUUAAAAUAAACAUUUCUUCUAAAACAUUAAA